UUUCCGGCUCUGCCCCAAGCCAUUUCCGGCAGGAGCCGGAAGACGGUCCCGGAUGGCAUCGCCGGCGCCGUGUGCGUGAAGUGAACUCUGGGGCCGCCGGCCUUCCCGCGCAUGCCGGUCGCCUCAUGCUGCGUGCCGCGGCCACCAGCCCCUGCGCGGAUCGGCGGCGCUGAAGCGCCGGGGCAGCGCACGACAUGGCGUCAGGCCUCCGGGCCGCCGACUUCCCCCGCUGGAAGCGCCACAUCUCGGAGGAGCUGAGGCGGCGGGACCGGCUGCAGAGGCAGGCGUUCGAGGAGAUCAUCCUGCAGUAUAACAAGUUGCUGGAAAAGUCAGAUCUUCAUUCAGUGCUGGCCCAUAAGCUACAAGCUGAGAAGCAUGACAUACCAAACAGGCAUGAGAUAAGACUCUUGGUGAUUAUAUUCCUAUAUCCUUUAUCUGUUGGCCAAACACACUUCUUCAAAAGUCCCGGACAUGAUGGUGCGUGGAAUGAUAGUCAGUUACAAGAGAUGGCCCAGCUGAGAAUUAAACACCAAGAAGAGCUGACUGAAUUACACAAGAAACGCGGGGAGUUAGCUCAGUUGGUGAUUGACCUGAAUAACCAGAUGCAGCAGAAGGACAGGGAGAUGCAGAUGAACGAAGCAAAAAUUGCAGAGUGCUUGCAGACUAUCUCUGACCUGGAGACGGAGUGCCAAGAACUACGCAGUAAGCUUCAGGACCUUGAGAGAGCCAACCAGACCCUGAGGGAUGAGUAUGAUGCACUGCAGAUCACUUUUACUGCCUUGGAAGAGAAACUGAGGAAAACUACAGAAGAGAACCAGGAGCUGGUCACCAGAUGGAUGGCCGAGAAAGCCCAGGAAGCCAAUCGCCUAAAUGCAGAGAAUGAAAAGGAUUCAAGGAGGCGGCAGGCCCGGCUGCAGAAAGAGCUUGCAGAAGCAGCGAAGGAGCCUCUACCAGCUGAACAGGAUGAUGACAUUGAAGUCAUUGUGGAUGACACCUCUGAUCACGCUGAGGAGACCUCUCCUGUGCGAGCUAUCAGCAGAGGGGCCACUAAGCGACUCUCGCAGCCUGCUGGAGGCCUUCUGGAUUCUAUCACUAAUAUCUUUGGUCUGUCCGAGUCUCCCCUUUUGAGACAUCACUCUUCUGAUGCUGCCAGGAGGCGUUCUGUCUCUUCAUUUCCAGUUCCCCAGGAAAAUGUGGAUACCCAUCCUGGUUCUAGUAAAGAAGUGAGGGUGCCAACAGCUGCCUUGUAUGUCUUUGAUGCUCACGACGGAGAAGUCAAUGCUGUGCAGUUCAGUCCGGGGUCCCGGCUGCUGGCCACAGGAGGCAUAGAUCGGAGGGUUAAGCUUUGGGAAGUGUUUGGAGACAAAUGUGAGUUCAAGGGUUCCCUCUCCGGCAGUAAUGCAGGAAUUACAAGCAUUGAAUUUGAUAGUGCUGGAUCUUACCUCUUAGCAGCUUCAAAUGAUUUUGCAAGCCGAAUCUGGACUGUGGAUGAUUAUCGGUUACGGCACACACUCACCGGCCACAGUGGCAAAGUGCUGUCUGCCAAGUUCCUGCUGGACCAUGCGCGUAUUGUUUCCGGAAGUCAUGACCGUACCCUCAAACUCUGGGAUCUACGCAGCAAAGUCUGCAUAAAGACAGUGUUUGCGGGAUCCAGCUGCAAUGACAUCGUCUGCACAGAGCAGUGUGUGAUGAGUGGACAUUUUGACAAGAAAAUUCGUUUCUGGGACAUCCGAUCAGAGAGUAUUGUCCGGGAGAUGGAGCUGUUGGGAAAGAUUACUGCCCUGGACUUAAACCCGGAGAGAACUGAGCUCCUAAGCUGCUCCCGUGAUGACCUGCUCAAAAUUAUUGAUCUCCGAAUAAACGCAGUCAGACAGACGUUUAGCGCUCCUGGGUUCAAGUGCGGCUCUGACUGGACUAGAGUUGUGUUCAGCCCAGAUGGCAGUUACGUGGCAGCAGGCUCGGCCGAGGGCUCACUCUACAUCUGGAGUGUGCUGUCAGGGAAAGUGGAGAAGGUCCUGUCAAAGCAGCACAGCUCAUCCAUCAACGCGGUGGCUUGGUCCCCCUCCGGGUCCCACGUCGUCAGCGUGGACAAGGGAAGCAAGGCCGUGCUGUGGUCAGAGUACUGAUGGCACCUCCUCAGGAGACAGCAGAUCCAAAGCCGGAGGAGCACGAGGGCUUCUGCAGCUCUGGCCUGGCAGAUGGCGUGUCGGGUUAGCUCUGACCUCCAGAGAAGAGCUUGAGCCGUGUGGCAGGGUGGCCUUCCUUUGAACAGGAUUUCUGAGGAUUUGGGCUGAGGUCUCUGAUGGCCUGAAAGGGUAACUGAACAAAUCUGAUGCAGGUACCUAGCAGGUUUUCAGGUCCUUGUGUUGAUUUGGGUGGAAACACUACUGGCUCUGAUCUUCAUACCUCGGUGGGGAGAGCACAGGCACCCCCACUGCAUGGCAUCGCCAGAAGCCCCCCAUGUGUGGGUGUCAGUUCACCCUCUGUGCUUUGUCCUGUCCUUCAAAAGUGGGUUCUGGCCUAAUGUAUGCCCUGUCACCUUGGGGUCAUUUUCCUCAUUUUGAAUGAAAUUGCUUUUAUUCAUUGGAUUGACAAACCAAAACAGGAUUACCCCUGCCCUCAGGUAGUUCACAGGGGCUACCCUGACUUCUGAGGAGUCGGGGGGGUGGUCCUCCCUUCUGGUCUGUGUCACACAAGGCUCUUAACUCCUGUCUCAGCUGUACUGUUGGGAUUUCCUUACACCUCCUAAAUGUACAGGAAAGCAACUGUUCUUCAACGCUUCUGAAUCCCUUUCCCUGCAGUCCCCCAAAAAUUCUGCAUAUCUUUAUUGGUCAAGAUAGAAAUCUCAGUUUGGUUAAAAAAGGUUUUUUUGAGGUAGUAGAGGAAGUGCAAAAGCCUUUUUCCGGAGAAGUGGGUGUGCUGCAGGAGUAAAGCUGUAUUCCUGUAUCCUCCUUUAAAUUCCCAGAAAGAAUUGGCACUUCCCCUUCCUUCCAGCUGUGCUCGAAUUCCAGUUGUUGGUGACAAGGGAUUUGAGGCCUCAGAUGUACUACUCUGGAGCCAGUGGUUCCAGGUCACUGCCCCUUGGCCAAGCCUAUGUGCAAUACCCCCUUGGUGCUUUAGUGCCAGAAACCUGUUCCAGGAGGCAGGGUCAUGUCAUCUUUAGGUUUCAGGAGUUAUAAAUAAGGCCAGGGAGAAACUGGCCUGUGGCUUUUUUUAAAAAAAAACAUUUAUCUUUGCCAUUUUACCUGUGUAUAACAUUUUAGUUCAUUGAGUGACUGAAACACCAAUACUUCCAUCACUUUUUAAUUUGCACUUUAUUUUUUUUUCUCCCAACCCUGUUCUCUGGACAGUUGUGAGUGUGAGUGCUAGAGCCAAGUGAGGAAUGAGGUGCACCUCUCCUCUGACAAGGAGCGUGGUCUCCAUUCUCCCGCUCCUCUGGUCCCCGCUUCCCUUCCUGAUUUGCUGUUCAGAGAACUGGAUUAAGGGGAGUUAAAAUUCACAGGCCAGGGCACAUCUUGUAUUUAUUUAAUUAUGUUGCCCAACAGAACUUGAUUGUAAAUAAAAAAGAAAUCUGUUAUAUACUUUUCAAA